AUGCCCAGGGCUACGCGUAGUGAAGUGAAUAGCCUUGCUUGCGACCCAUCAUCCACUAAGUCUUUGCAGUCAUUGAAUAAUUCCUCAGUGCAGCUUGAUACCACUCCUGACUUUGCUCGAAUGACGACAACUGAAUUGUUGAAAGCUAUCACAGCACGUAACACUGACCCAGUCACUAAUGAAAUGCUCUGUGCCCUUGCCGAUAAAAUACCCAGGAAGUUCUCUGAGUUUGUCGAAUCGGAGAAGCGAGAGCGUAGCCUCGUCUUUGCUGGAAGCUGA